UCUAUGUUGUUGUUUUUAGUCGGAAUUUAUUUCCCAACGUGCCAUUCUAUCGUUUUAUAUAUUUUCAUCCGGUUUCAAAUUGUUAAAAAUACCAUGUUGAUGGUUUAGGAGCAGGUGAUGCUGUUUGACAUGACUCAUUUGACUUUUUAAUAAAGUCUAUCAGCGUAUUUUUCACAAGAAUCCACUCAUCGGAAUUAGGCUAACUUGCUAGCAUGCUGUCCUAAGUGGAGACGUACGACCUCGACGUUCAACUCUCGCGAGCGUGACGUGCCGGAGUUGGAGGCUUACGGCAUUGAUGUAAUGAUUGUGAUGAUGUAAAGUACGCCGUUGCCACGCCGGUGCUCAGACAAUUACCUGAAUUGCCUUACAAACGCGUCUACUCGUCGUGUCACCGACGUCCGCCUUACAUGAUGCAGCCCUUGCAUUUUCGCUGCCAUAUUGAGUGUGCAGACGAUUGAUUAGUCCGGUCUGCGCAUGUUAGGAUAUGAUACGAUACGAGAGGCAAACAUCGAAUAAAGGGAGCUUGAUUAAGGGAAAAUAAUUGGUUUGGGAGCCAACUACGCUCAUGCGCGACAAAGUGUCUUUAAGAUUUCAACAUUUUGAACGACAUUAAAGCGUGAAAACGCGUUUGGUGUCGACGCUCCGGUGAAAGAUGUCGAUCUACAGGGGCAUCGGCGGCGAUCGGUACAUGAGGAAACAGAUACCAAAGAAUGCCAAGUAUCAACACAUCAAAACUAAACUGGACACGGGGGUUAGCCUUACCAAGUAUUUGGAGCGCCUGGAAGAGAUAAAACAACACUACAAGUUCAACAAAGGUGAAAUCUUCAAGCGCUUUAAAGUGACAACCUUUGCAGAGUUGAUACUUCAGGUGGCAUCAGUGUCGGACUUGAAUGAAUGUGUCAGCGAUGAUUUGUGUCACAGCCUUAAUGAUGAUGGGAGCGGUGACGGCAUGAUGGUGGCCAAAGCAGAAUCGCAUGCCAGGCAUGUCAAUGGCUCACCGGAGACGCCAGAGCCCAAGGAUGCGGGAAUGGCACACACCCAGACCAUGAGGUCCACAUUGCUAAGCGUCAUCAAUGGCGUUGGCGAGCUGAACAUGAACGGCGACAAAGCAAAGGCCCCCGAUGAGGACGUGAACACGGACACUGAAAAGCCCUAUCCAGAUUGUCCCUACCUGUUGCUGGAUGUGCGUGAGCGCGAACUCUAUGAUCAGUGCCACAUAAUCUCAGCUCACAGCUUUCCCAUCGCCACGCUGUCUCGCUCCAUGAACCCUUAUACCAAGGAAGUGCUGGAAUAUAAAAACGCCCAGGGUAAGAUCAUCAUCGUGUAUGACGAGGAUGAGCGCAUUGCCAGCCAGGCGGCGACCAGCAUGUGCCAGCGCGGCUUCGAGAACCUGUUCUUGCUCAGCGGCGGUCUCAAGGUGAUCGCUCAGAAGUUCCCCGAGGGCAUGACGACAGGCCCGCUGCCCGCCUCCUGCCUCCCCCCCACCGUGCUGUCUAAGUGGAAGAAGGGCGUCCCGCCGCCACCGCCGCAGCCAUUCAUGCAGGUGGCGGUGCAAAGAUGGAGGUUCACCCCCGACGAGCUUGCCAGGAUCGAAGGCCAACUGGAGAACUUCGUCAUGAUGGGCAGCAGUCGCGCAUCCAGUCGCAUGUCGACAUCCAGCAGUUUGCCGAAAGUGGGCAGCGUCCGGAGCAGCCGCUUGGCUUCCUCCGCCUCGUCAGUGUCCUCCAGGGACAGCGGACGAAUUCACAGGCCUUGGAAAUGAACGUGCUACUAACACCGCCUUCUUGGUGCUCCUCUGUAGUCGUAUCCCCUCCUUAGCCUAACAUUUGAAUGUGUUUGCACAGGAGUGUCUUUUUGCACUCCAAUGAAGAGUCAGUGGACCAUGGUCAUUUUUUUCUCAUUUUUAUUCAUAUUUAACGUGUAAAGCAAAAGGCACAUUGAAUGCUGCAUCUUUGUGAAUUUCAUCACAAUACAUCUUUAUGAUCAUUUGUAAACUUAAAUCUGUGUGUGUGUGCGUGUGCGUAUGUGUGUGUGUACCGGUAUGUGCAUUGUGAGUGCUGCUCUUAAAGGUGAUCUGACCAGAAGUGACUUUUUUUUUUCUUCUAAGUGACCUUUAAAUAAAAUGUUUGCUGCAAUUUUUC